AUGGCACCCUCGUCGGGGAGGCGACGACCUGCCAGCGCACAGGAUCUCGAAGACCGUAACAUCAUAGGCAUAAACAAGGAGACGAUUACCAAUACCGUCUCGGACGAUUACCCCGAUAACUUUGCAAACGAAGAGCAUGCGUGGGACAAGGAGGCGUUUAGUCAGAGCUUCCAGGUCCAGUGGCACGAGAAUCGGCAGUUCGAAUCUCAAUUCUCCCUCAUCGGCAUUGACGCCUCCAUUGCUAACGCCUUCCGCCGCAUACUCAUCGCCGAGAUACCCACCCUCGCCAUCGACAUUGUCUUCGUGCACAACAAUACGUCGGUCAUCCAAGACGAGGUUCUCGCCCACAGGCUCGGCCUCAUCCCGUUCACCGGUGGGAAGAAGGGCAUCCGGGAUUUCCUCCGGUUCUGGAGGAAACCGGCCGAAGGCGAGGAGGCGUACGCCACCACCUUCGACACGAACACUAUACGCCUCAAGCUCGUCGCUCAGUGCACUCACAAGAAGGAUGCACCCGCCGAUUCGACGGAUCCCAAGGAGCUGUACCACAACGCUUGCGUAUACGCCAAGGACAUCACGUUCGAGCCGCUUGGCAGGCAGGGCGAAUUCUUCUCUGGGGAAGAUGCCAUCCGGGCCCUGAACCCCGACAUUUUAAUUGCCAAGAUGCGGCCGGGCCAGGAGUUGGACAUCGAGAUGCACAUGCACAAGGGAUACGGCUGGGAUCACGCCAAGUGGUCGCCUGUAGCCACAGCCAGUUACUGUCUGAUGCCCACCAUCAAGAUUACGAAGCCGAUCCUAGGGGAGGACGCGAAGAAAUUCGCCAACUGCUUCAUGCCGGGUGUCAUAGGGCUGGAGCCGGUCACGAGGCAGGAGGCCAGGACCCGCGGCAGUGGCUACGAGGGCCACGAGGGCGAGAUGAAGGCAGUGGUGAAGGACCCGAUGCGUGACACCGUCAGUCGGGAGGUACUGCGGCACCCCGAAUUCGAGGGCAAGGUCAAGCUCGGGCGGAAGAAGGAUCACUUCAUCUUCUCGAUAGAGAGCACAGGCCAGUGGGAUAGUGACGAGCUGUUCAUGGAGGCGGUAAAGGCACUCAAGAAGAAGUGCCAAGUACUCAAGCCCCAGGCUUAG